AUGGCUCCCGAGAUUGUCAAGUCAACCACCGGAAACGCCGCGGCGCCGGUGGUGGGCCCUUCCAAGCAUGCCUACGUGACGUUCUUGGCCGGCGCCGGCGACUACGUGAAAGGCGUCGUUGGGUUGGCCAAAGGCCUGAGGAAAGUCGGCACUGCUUUCCCGCUUGUGGUGGCGAUCCUCGCCGACGUGCCGGUGGAGCACCGCCGCAUCCUGGUGGAGCAGGGCUGUGUACUCCGUGAGAUCGAGGCCGCGUUCCCUUGCGCCGAUGCUGAUCAGAACCACGCUUAUGUUAGGAAUUAUUUCCUUUUCAACUAUUCUUCACCCUUGGAAGGUAUUUUUUCUUUUGUGGAGUAUGAGAGGAUGAUAUACAUGGAUGCGGAUGUGCAAGUGUUUGAUAACAUAGAUGACUUGUUUGAGCUUCCGAGUGGCUAUUUCUAUGGGGUGGUCGACUGCGUGUGCGAGAUGUCCGGUGAUGCCUGCCCACAGAAGCUCCGGUGGCCGCAGGAGCUCGGCCCACAGCCCCCUUUCUACCUAAAUGGCGGCAUGUUUGUUUUCGAGCCGGAUCUCACCACCUAUCAUGACCUCAUUCACACCCUCACCAUCACUCCUCCCACCCCUUUCGCUGAGCAGGAUUUCCUAAACAUGUUCUUUAGAGAGAAGAUGAAGCCAAUUUCGCCGGAGUACAAUCUAUUGGUGGCAAUGUUGUGGCGACACCCUGAAGCUGUCGGCGUCGAGAAGGCGAAGGUGGUUCACUACUGCGAGGCCGGGUCGAAGCCUUGGAGAUUCACCGGUGAGGAAGAGAAUAUGGAAAGAGAAGAUAUGAAGAUGCUCGUGAGCAAGUGGUGGGAUAUAUACAACGAUGCAUCCUUGGAUUUCAAUGUAGCCCAGCGCCUAACCAAGGGUUUGCCGUUGUCCCGGGAGGCGGCGAGGCAGGUGGUGGUUCACUAUAGGUCCGCUUCAUCUGCGGCGUGAUCGAUGCCCAAUGUUGACAAAUAUUAAAUUAGUGUUAGAUAGAUAUCGUACGUAACUUUUGUAUCAAAAAUGUCUUGCAAUGGCCUAGACAUUAUAUAUACUCCUUUUUUUAGAAAAGUUUGGUUAGUUUCUUCAUUUCUUGC